CUCAAGCACCAACGACCAAAGUUACGGAGAAAGGGCACAACGCUAUGCUGUCGUGUUCGGCGGUCGGCUCGCCGCCACCCAUUAUUUCUUGGAUGAAAGAUAUGCUACCAAUUGACACCUCAAAUCCCCGUUACACCGUACUGCAGUCCGGUUCGCUUCAAAUAUCAGAGUCAGAGCCAUCGGAUCAGGGCAAGUACGAGUGCGUGGCCAGCAAUUCCGUCGGCACCGAGUACUCCAAGUCGACGAUGCUCUACGUGAAGAUGCGCCGAGUGCCGCCGCAAUUCUCGAUACCGCCGGAGCCGCAGUUAAAGGUCACGCUGGGCUCGUCGUUAAACCUGACCUGCGUGGCCGUGGGCUCGCCGAUGCCGUACGUCAAGUGGCGCAAGGAGCCAGCCGUGGAUCUUACGCCCGACAACCAGAUGCCGCCCGUCGGCAGGAACAUGCUGCAACUGACCAACAUCCAGGAGUCGGCCAACUACACGUGCAUCGCCCAGAGCGAGCUUGGCAUUAUCAACGCCACCAGCCACGUGAAGGUCAACUCGCUGCCGCUUGCCCCGGAAAAGGUGCAAGUCUCGGAGAUCACUGCCACUUCGGUGAAACUUUCGUGGUCGUACAAGGCGCCGGAUCAGCUCGCCUACUACGUCAUACAGCACAAACCGAAGCACGCCAAUCAAGCGUACGCCGAAAUCUCGGGCAUUACCACCAUGUACUAUCAAGUGCGUAACCUCAGCCCCUACACCGAGUACGAGUUCUUCGUGAGUGCCGUCAAUGAGAUUGGCCGUGGACCGCAUAGCGCGCCGGUCCUCGUUACCACCGGCGAAACCACACCGGGAAGCGCGCCACGCUCGGUGCAGGUUCGGCCGCUGAGUUCAACGACAAUGGUAAUCCAAUGGGACGAGCCGGAGACACCAAACGGCCAAGUGACGGGCUACAAGGUCUACUACACGACGGACCCGGGCCAACCGAUGUCCAACUGGAAGUUCCAGACGGUGGACAAUAGCCAGCUAACGACAAUCUCCGACCUGACGGCUCACGUGAUCUACACAAUUCGCGUGCAGGCGUUGACGAGCGUGGGACCAGGUCCGUUGAGCGCCCCGGUGCAGAUCAAGACGCAGCAGGGCGUGCCCAGUCAGCCGGAAAAGCUGACGGCCGUGGAGGUAGGCGAGACCAAGAUCACGCUCACCUGGAACAAGCCUUCGCACAGCGCGGAGAACAUCCUCAGUUACGAGCUCUACUGGAACGACACCUACGCCAAGGAGAAGCACCACCGCAAGAUCCCCGUGACCGAGAACUACACGCUGAGCAACCUCUACCCCAACACGCUGUACUACGUGUGGCUGGCGGCGCGCAGCCAGCGCGGAGAGGGCGCCACCACCAUUCCCAUACCCGUGCGCACCAAACAGUACGUCCCCGGGGCACCACCUCGCAACGUCAGCGGUCAUCCGAUCAGUCCAACUUCAAUACUGGUCAAGUGGGAGCCACCUCCAGCCGAACGGUCAAACGGCCGUAUCGCUUACUACAAGCUACAUUACGUGGAGACCGGUCGUAGCGACUCCGAAUCCACGAUUAUAACCCUCAACCAGACGGAAUUCGUGCUCGACGAGUUGAGCAAGUGGACCGAAUACAGGAUAUGGGUGGUCGCCGGUACCAGUGUUGGCGACGGACCACCCAGCUACCCCAUUACUGUCAGAACUCACGAAGAUGUACCGGGAGACCCACAGAACGUGACGGCUCAGCCAAUAAACUCUACAGCAGUGCACGUCAGGUGGGAGCCACCUAAACUUAAAGAGCGCAACGGCGUUAUCCGCGGUUAUCACGUGCACGUCCAGGAGGUUCACGAGGAGAACAAUCGCCAGCUCGACGAGCCAAUCCGUAGCAUUAUUCUCGAGGAGAACGUGUUGUACGCGAACGUGAGUGGCUUGCAACCCGACACCAGCUACUCGGUGCAGGUGGCCGCGCUCACAAGGAAGGGCGACGGCGCGAGAUCCAAGCCGGUCGUCGUUAAGACCCCCGGAGGUGUGCCCUACAGACCCCAAAUGAAUGUCAAAGUUUUCAAUCAGGAGGAGCCUAUCAAGAUAGAGCUCGAAUGGACCAAGCCCAGCGAGACUUUUGGACCCAUCCUCGGCUACAGGAUACGCUACGGUAUCAAGAACCAAACCCUGAAGGAAGAGUUUAUAGAGGGUGAUGAUACUUUCAGCUACAGAAUCGAAGACCUUGAAGAGCGUGGCGUUGACUACGAGUUCCGAGUAGCAGGCAAGAACGCGAUGGGCUUUGGCCAGGAACAAGUGCGCAACUGGUACAGUCCAGAGAGCAUUCCGACAGGACCACCGCGCAACCUAAGCUACAACUUCCAAACUCCGGACACGGUUUGUGUGAGUUGGGAGCCGCCAAGUAUCCAUCAACGCAACGGACAGAUCAUCGGUUACAGUGUGCAGUUCCACAAGCGUCAAGAUCACACGAGCGAAGUCAGUCGUAACACGAGCCAGACCCGAGCGGUAUUCAGCAAUCUCGAGAACGAUCAGGAGUACCUUUUCCACGCUAAGGCGUACACUCGCCUCGGUGCUGGGCCCUACUCCGAAAAGAUCACCAUUCGCACCGACAAGGAUAUUGGGCGUGCGCCCAUGUCACUUAAAGCCAUUGCGACUUCAGACUCGAGCGUAGAGGUUUGGUGGGAGCCCGUGCCCAACCGUGGCAAGAUUCUCGGCUAUCAGAUAUUCUACACGAUGACCGCCGUCGAGGAUCUGGAUGAAUGGAAGCGCAAGCAAGUUGGCCUUACCGAGUCCGCGGAUUUGCUGAACCUCGAGAAAUUUGCCACUUACGCGGUGGCCGUUGCUGCGCGCCAUAAGGACGGCAAGCUCGGCCGGCUCAGCGAGAAAGUUACGGUCAAGGUAUCGCCGGACGAUGUGCCUCUCAAUCUACGAGCACCCGAAGUUUCCACCCACUCGAUGAGCCUCAGUUGGGGUCCUCCCAUCAAGCUCAACCCCGUCAAUUACAAGGUUUCUUUCGACGCGGUCAAGGAGUUUGUUGACUCGCAAGGAAUUACCCAAACCCAGCUGAUACCCAAGCGAACUCAUCUUUUCGAGUCCACAAAUCUUGAAUGCGACAUUAAGGACCUGCAGCCUUUCACUACCUACAACGUGAACGUGAGCGCGGUUCCGGCUGAUGGUUCCUAUCGACCUCCCUCCAAAAUCACCGUCACCACGCAGAUGGCCGCGCCUAAACCCAUGGUUGGGCCAGCAUUUUACGGCGUUGUCAACCAUGAAGAAAUUCAAGUGAUCUUACCCCAAGCCUCCGAAGAAUAUGGUCCAAUAUCGCACUACUAUCUGAUCGUCGUGCCCGAAUCUCCUGAUACCAUUAACAGGCAACCAGACGAGUUUACCGAGGAUCAAAUCGCUCACUCACACCCUCACUCUCAUCAUCAGCAGCAGCCACAGCAAAUUGGCAAACCCGGCCAAGCUCCUGUCUCCGACAACCGGCCAUAUAUCACUGCUAAAUUUCCUCAUAGAGACAUUCCCUAUACCUUUCAUCUUGGAGACGGUGGCACCUACGAGGGUUAUGUCAACCGCAAACUUGACAAAACUAAAAAGUAUCGGAUAUUCGUGCGAGCGAUCGUCGAUACUCCCAGAAAACACCUUUACACAUCAUCGCCGUUCUCUGAGUGGUUAUCCCUUGACAUGAGGGCACCUCCUCCCGGUGAUCCACCGCGUCGACCGAAUCCUGAUGCACCACCCGAUGGAAAUCCUGAAGUUUCAGUCGACAGAAGUGGCCAUGAACCUGGCAUGGUUUGGGUCGUUGGACCCAUCAUCGCUGCUCUCAUGGUCAGCGUCUGUUUAGUCCUACUGUUCGUCAUUAAAAAACGCAGACAACCCUGCAAAGCUCCCGAUCAGACAGCGGUAACGCGUCCACUAAUGUCGGCGGACAUGAGUUCGUCGCACGCGCCUUCGGAUCCCGUUGAAAUGCGUCGACUGAAUUUCCAAACGCCCGGCAUGAUUUCGCACCCUCCGAUCCCUAUAAGCGAACUUGGGAAUCACAUAGAGCGACUGAAAGCUAAUGACAAUCUCAAAUUCAGCCAGGAAUACGAGUCGAUCGAACCAGGUCAACAAUUCACAUGGGACCACUCCAACAUGGAAGUGAACACUUCGAAAAACCGGUACGCGAACGUAAUCGCGUACGAUCACUCGCGGGUGAUUCUACAGACGAUAGAAGGCGUGCCAGGCUCGGAUUACAUCAACGCCAAUUAUUGCGACGGCUAUCGCAAACAGAACGCUUACGUGGCGACGCAGGGUCCGCUGCAGGAGACAUUCGCAGACUUUUGGCGCAUGUGCUGGGAGCUGCGCUCUGCGACCAUCGUCAUGAUGACCAAGUUGGAGGAACGCACGCGCAUAAAGUGCGAUCAGUAUUGGCCGAGUCGCGGUACCGAGACGUAUGGCCAGAUGCAAGUUACCAUUCAAGACGUGCAGGAGCUGGCCACUUACUGCAUCCGCAGCUUCCAAAUAAGUCGGAUCGGCGGACAGGGCGCUACCGGCGAGAGAAGAGAAGUAAAGCAGCUGCAGUUCACUGCCUGGCCGGACCACGGAGUGCCCGAGCAUCCUGCGCCCUUCUUGCAGUUUCUUCGACGCGUGCGCAGCCUGAACCCGCCUGACGCCGGACCUCUGGUGGUGCACUGUAGCGCCGGAGUUGGGCGGACUGGCUGCUUCAUUGUCAUCGACUCGAUGCUCGAGCGCAUCCGCAGCCACGACAAGAGCAUCGACAUAUAUGGCCAUGUGACAUGCCUGCGUGCCCAGCGCAACUACAUGGUCCAAACUGAGGACCAGUACAUCUUCAUUCACGACGCGCUUCUCGAGGCGGUGGUCUGCGGUCAGACCGAGGUACCGGCGCGCAACCUGCAUUCUCACAUGCAGCGCCUGAUGCAGCCGGCCUCGGGUCCCGAGGCUCUGGGCCAGCCCGACGGCAUCACCGGCAUGGAGCUCGAGUUCAAGAAGCUGGCCAACAUCAGGGUUGAUUCGUCGCGCUUCAUCUCGGCCAACCUCGCCUGCAACAAGCACAAGAACCGGCUUGUGCACAUACUACCGUACGAGUGUACACGCGUCUGCUUGCAGCCGCAGCGCAACAUCGAGGGCUCGGACUACAUAAACGCCUCGCUGAUCGACGGCUACCGAUACCGCGCGGCCUACAUUGCCACCCAGGGUCCUCUGACCGACACCACUGACGACUUCUGGCGCAUGCUUUGGGAGCACAACUCCACCAUUGUGGUUAUGCUCACCAAGCUCAAGGAAAUGGGCCGCGAGAAGUGCCACCAGUAUUGGCCAUCCGAGAGGUCGAUACGCUACCAGUGCUUCGUCGUCGACCCGAUUGCUGAGUACAACAUGCCUCAGUACAUUCUGCGCGAGUUUAAGGUGACAGACGCGCGGGAUGGAUCGUCGCGCACGCUCAGACAGUUCCAGUUCAUCGAUUGGCCCGAGCAGGGCGUACCUAAGUCCGUCGACGGCUUCAUCGACUUCAUCGGGCAGGUGCACAAGACUAAGGAACAGUUCGGUCAAGACGGCCCCAUAACGGUGCACUGUAGUGCCGGGGUCGGACGCACCGGCGUCUUUAUCACCCUCAGCAUUGUUCUUGAGCGUAUGCAGUACGAGGGAGUCGUCGACAUAUUCCAGACCGUCAGGAUACUGCGCACACAGCGCCCGGCGAUGGUGCAGACCGAGGACCAGUACCAGUUCUGUUAUCGAGCCAGCCUCGAGUACCUGGGUUCGUUUGACCAUUACGCCAACUGACAGCCAGACAGCCGAGAGUCGGCCGCCAGCUCAACUUUGGCCUAUCGUAGUGAUCGUACACGGCAAAGCCAGCGCGAACACGAUCGGACAGCCAAGGUCAGGAAGGUCUAGUGGUACGAUGAGUCGUCGUCGUCGCCGCCGUUCCCACCGGCAACACAAACUCAGCUACAGUCACAACCACAGCUGCAACAACAGCAGCAACAGCAACCACCGCGUCCACAUCGCCGACAGCAUCCCCAUCCACCUCCGUCAUCGGGCUUCUCGGCCAGCCACUUCGACGACUCUUAAUCAUGACCUCCAUCUCGCGUGUCGCUCAGCUCUACCAAAGUCAUCGCCGAUGCUGCUACGCAUUUUAUAUUUGAUUGACAACAAUUGUUUGAUUAGGAAUAUACGUGUAAUCGACCAUCUGACUUGACCAAGUUUCUAAACUUUGCUCAUCACUGCCAAUUUUAAUUAUAGUCGACUUUUCGGUAAUUUUUUAAUCAAUUUUAACUUAUAAAUGUUAUUAAAUAUUUUUUGUUAGAUCGGUGUUUAUUUUUACAAUCGUUAAUUUCUUUUUAUCUCAAAGAUAUCCAACAGUGCAUUUAAACAUUAAUACUUUUUAAACUCAAUCGUGACCACGUUACUACUUGUUGUAUUAAUGCCAAAAUAAGGCUGCGAGUAAGUUUUUUACUUAAUUUUUCUAUAAAUCAUAAAGACAAAACUAAUCAUGUUGUCCACUCUUUCUGAGAUUGGAAAACAAAAACUACGUUUUUCAAAGGAUUAUUCUUAAUUUUGAAAUAAAUCGUCAACGUUAUUUAUGUAAACAAAGACAGAAUACAGAGUGAGAGAGAGAGAAAGAGAGAGAGAGAGAGAGAGAGAAAGAGAGAGAGAAAAAGAGAGAGAGCGUGUGUAUGUUUAAGAGUGUGUGUUUUGCGUAUUGUAUGGGAAUGUAUAAAGGUCGCAAUUACACUGCCAAAUUGAUAAAUGACAAGUACGGAUACUUUUUAUUUUAAUUUAGCCGGCUCUCGAGCAAAUUGAUAAAUGACAAAUAUUUACGACUGCAAAAAAUAUUCUUCAAAACUUCAUUAAUUUUAGUAUAUAAGUGAUUAUUGUAAUAUUAGCCAAGUGAACAAAGAAAUAUAAACAGUGCGUGAUAAACGAAUGAACAGUGUACCAUCGUACAAAAAAAUUGUAAUAUUAACAAGAUCUAAAUGUACGUAUGUAAUGGGCAUGAACGUUUCAUGCCCUCGUCCGUGUGAAUAGUAAACAAAAUUUACACAUAUAUGUAUAUAUAUAUAUACAUAUACGUAUGUAUCAACAAUGAAUGUUAAGGCAUCAAUUUUUGUUGUCCUGUGAAUCUCGCUGUCCACUGUUGCGUGCAUAUUGUACAAAGUUCAUCUUGAUGUUUUUAUAAAGAACGAUUUGAACCAAGAAAAUAUAAUUGAAUAGCGUAUAAAAAACAAAAUCCUUUUACAAAAUGUUCGUUAACUUAUCAGCAAUUUUUACGAUAGUUGGAUGAAUAUUUUACAUCGGGCAAACAAUCUCAAAUAAUAAUCGGUCGGUCUUCGUGAUAAUUGCAAUUUUUUUAUUGCAUAUGCCUAACUUAAUUCACUCAAUAUGAGCGAUAAUAUACUAUAAUCGAGCGUUUCGGUAUGGAAAUAUCGAUUAUAAACCAGUUAGUAUAAUCCCAAUUGCUUAAUCAUGCAGGCCGAGCAUUAUUAUGACUUCCCUAAGCAAUAAAAUAAUUAUUCAAAUAUAUUUUGGAAAUCAUAACGGCACUUUUAAUUUAAUAUUAUUGAGUUUAUAAUAUUAGUCAUUAAUGUCAAUAACAAUUAUUAGCAAUUGAAAUGAUGGCGAUUAUUGGCAACACCUAGAAAGACUUUCUCAAAUUUUGAAAAUGAAUUUUUAGAAACAAUUGUGUAAUUUUAUUUGGAUCUUGGUACAAAAAUAUUAUUUUCUACUAUAGUACAUGAAAAAACAAAGCUUCCUUUCCAAGGAAGCAAAAAUAUAAUCGAGUAAAUCGAGAACAGGAAUUCACUGUAUGUAUAUAGAAGCACCACCACUUAACCUAAAAAAUCAAUAUACGUUAAAAACGCAAGAUAUCUGGAGACGUUUAUAAUUAUAAAUGAUAAUUGUUUGAUAGAAAAGAAAACCUCGUGAAAUGACGGAAGGAAAGCAAUUAAUAAUAGUAUUAUAGAAUACCCCUUCCACCAAAUGAUAAAACAGAAUUAUCCAUUGUAAUUUUUAAAUAAGAAUGUAUUUGAAGAUUUAGUAAUUGCUUGUAGAUUACUGGUAGAUUUUUAUAUUUGUUAUAAAGUUCUGUCUUUUGUACCAUUUUAUUAAAGGGGUCCUUGCGUACACACACACACACACACACACACACACACACACACACACACACACACACACACACACACACACACUAUUAACCAGCGUAAUUUAUUCUCAGAGUUCAGUUUGUAAAGAGCAUGAAAUUGAUAAUAAUGUUUACGUAAGUAAUAAAAGUGACAUUCCCACAAAUCACGUGUAAUGCUUUGUCGAGAGUCUAACACAUACUUAUUAGAAAUAGACAUUUUUAUUUUAAAAAUAUCAUGUUAUUAAAACUGAAACCGCAUUAGUCUCUGAAAUAUAUAUAUUUUACCAUCAUCUUUUGAUUUUUGUUGUUUGUCAAUUUGAAUAAGAAAGAAGUUCUAUUUUCGGUCUGACCUGAAUUUUUUUAUAUGUAUGUCCGUGCAUAUCUUUACAACAGUUCGAUCAAUUUGGUGGGAGCGAACUCGUUUGAAACGUAUGUAUGUGGAACGACCCCAUUGUAUUACCAACUUGAUUGAAUCAUAACUUUACGAGUAAUUGCAAACAAUUUUGAAGUCGGCUUUUUUUUAAUUAGUCUUGUAAUUGUUUCUUGUUUAGCUUGAAUACUUAUUUAUUUAUUGGCUAUACCAACUACAAAUCUCUCCAUUUAAUCAUAAUUUUUAACAGUGAGUAAUGUAAUGCUUUAAAAUACUUAAAUAAUAAAGAGGAUUACAUUUUUUACUUAUAUAAAAAAAUUAAUAUCCGAUCAAUAGCAAUUUUUAUAACAAUAUUAAUGCUGACGGAAAAACGACUCAUAGUCAACGACAAUAAUAAUAUGCGACUCGUGCAAAAACUUACAUAAAAAUAAAAAUUACGUUUUCCAAAUAAAACCAUUUACAAAGAGCUCUUACAAUUUAAAAAGGUUUAUUGUAAAAGAAAAACAUUGCUUCUUCACGGACAUUCAAUAUUGGCUUUCGACGUGCAUUCUACACGUUUUAUUACCGUUAUAAAAAUGGAAGUCAAACGGGGAAUUUCUUCAUUGCAGAGGAUCAAGAAAUAUUAAUUUAAGUGAUUUUUUUUAAUUUGUUUAUAACUCGCAAGAAUUCAUAAACGUGUUAUUGGUAUGAAUGAAAAUUUUUAUGACUAAUAAAUAAUAUGCGACAUCGAAGAAAAUUGAAUUAAUUGAAGAAUAAGACUUUUUGUUUGCAAGGCGAUUCGUUUUAUUUAUUAAAAAUUAUUCAAUUGUUCUACAGUUGUUAAUCUGAUAAUGUAAGACAGCAUUCUCAGAGUAAUAGCAAUCGACUGUGAAAUUAUGUAGAGAUAGGCUCUUGCAAAGCAAAACUGUAUAUUGUAUUUUUUUUUUAUUUAAAUAAUCAGUAAACAUUUUUAUGUAAUAUCAAAUGACGAAAAACGGGAAAUUUACUUCCUGUUGUAUACGAAAACUAUUUUAGAUUCUGAUGAGAUGAGUACAGGAUUGCAGAUCUUUUUAAAGACUUUUCAAAUUGAAAUUUAGUUAAUUAUAAACGGAAGAUCCUUUUCUAUAAUCUACUAUGUAUAAGUGCUAUAAAUAAAACUUUGUUUCACUACACCUCGUACAUUUUAUUUGUAACUUUUAAUUCAAUUAUCUGCAGUCGUCCAGUAUUUUUUCCGCAACAUGUGCUAAAAUUUUAUAAAUGCUGCGGAAUUGCAAUACAAUCUCAAAAUUUGAAAUAUUUCAUAUACUAAACAUAUCACAUAAUGCACUAAAGUGCCAUUUAUAAGACUUGAUUUUUUCUAUCCUUUACUAUUUGUCUUUUUUCUUGACACCAAAUUUACUAAAUAUAAAUAAUCAAGUAUGAAAACCAAUAACGAAUAUUUAAAAAAAGGCGCAAGAAUAACAUGAUGGUAACGGGUGUAAUUAAAAAAACUGUAUAUGGUGUAUUCAAUGGAAUAUUAACAAAAAAAUUAUUGUUAAAAGGGUGGAAAUUUAUUUUGUGAUACUUUCUUGACAGAAAGAAUACAACAGGCUAACACAAAAGUACUGAUUAUAAUAUUGGAAAUUUGUAGUUAAAAGAAGUUAUAAAUAAAUUGAUACUGUGUAAUAGACGUUGACAAGAAAAAUAGUGUGUAUAUUGCAUAUGCUGACGGACGUCAAUAAAACGUCA